UCCAGCAGUCAUGGACCAAAAUGAAGCCAUCGAAUCUAUUUAAUUUUGCUUAUUGGAAAUAAUUAAGGCACAAAGAAACACAGAACCUGAUAGUGGGCUGUUAAAGAUCGAGAGAAAAGAAAAUUAGAGAGGAGUAGUUUGGAUAGAAAAGAUAACACGGUAUAUUUCUAAAAUAAUUGAAGUAUAUUUUGCCAAAUAAAUUAAUUUAUUCUUAUUUUUAAUUCAUGAAGUCUUCACAGGGAACAGAAGAUAAAACAACCACACUGACAUUUGAUUCUAAUGAUUGGAUCAGCAUGCUCACAUUCAAUGGCUCAGUCUUCAUGCCCUCUGUACUGACACUCAUCGGGAUUCCCGGCCUGGAGUCAGUGCAGUGUUGGAUUGGGAUUCCAUUCUGUUUCAUGUACCUCAUUGCUGUGAUUGGGAAUUCCCUAAUUUUACUUAUAAUCAAAUAUGAAACCAGCCUCCAUAAACCUAUGUACAUUUUUUUGGCCAUGUUGGGGGCCACAGACCUUGCACUCAGUACCUGUAUUCUUCCCAAAAUGUUAGGCAUCUUCUGGUUUCAUUUCUCAAAGAUAUCUUUUGAAGCUUGCCUUUUACAAAUGUGGCUUAUUCACUCAUUCCAAGGAAUUGAAUCAGGUGUCUUAUUGGCAAUGGCCCUCGAUCGCUAUGUGGCCAUCUGCCACCCUUUGAGACAUGCCAUUGUCUUCUCCCAACAACUCUUGACUCAUAUUGGAGUUGGGGUGAUGCUCAGGGCUGCCAUUCUUAUAGCACCAUGCAUAGUGCUUAUCAAAUGUCGUCUUAAACUCUUCCGCACUACAGUCAUCUCCCACUCUUACUGUGAGCACUUGGCCAUUGUGAAACUGGCUUCUGAAGAUAUCCGAAUCAACAAAAUAUAUGGUCUAUUUGUUGCCUUCUCCAUCUUAGGGUUUGACAUAAUUUUUAUCACUUUGUCCUAUGUUCAAAUCUUUAUCACUGUCUUUCAACUACCCCAGAAAGAAGCACGAUUCAAAGCUUUUAAUACAUGCGUUACCCACAUAUGUGUCUUCCUCCAGUUCUAUGUCCUUGCCUUCUUUUCUUUCUUCACACAUAGGUUUGGCUUUCAUAUACCACCAUAUGUUCAUAUUCUUCUAUCAAAUCUUUACCUUUUAGUCCCACCUUUUCUUAAUCCUAUUGUCUAUGGAGUGAAGACCAAACAAAUCCGUGACCAUGUCCUGAAAAUAAUUCUCUUCAAAAAACAUUUUCAUCAGUAGUGCCUCUUUGUAUAGGGAUUUGAGGUUGGUUCAAAGUAGCAACAUGGAUAUGGUGAAGAGUUGUAUCUUUUACAAAUAUCUACAUCCAAAAACAAUCUUUAAAUUUUAGAUGCUCAUCAUUAAUGGAAGUAUUUAAGAAAUCAUAAAAUACUUAACUUUGUCUGGCCACUCAUAUAUGAUGAAAACUCUUAUGCUGAGUUUUCAAAUUGUUUCUAUUUAUAAUUAUUCUUCUGUAUUUGGCCAGUCUGUUUGAAGUUAGAAGUUCCUCUCUGUCAACCUUUAGCUCUGCAUAAAAACAAAAUUGCAGAAAGCAAGACAAUACGAGGUAAUUUUUCAAGGACCAUUUCACACAUCAAUAUUUUCAAGCUGCUAACCCAACCCAUAGCUGUAAUUGUGGAUGUAUCUUGUUUUCUAACAUCUGCUUGUGAAUCUAUAAUGUGACAUAUUUUGAAUAACUUAUCUAUUUUACCUAUUUUCUCUUAAAAACUGAUAAAUAUAAAAACAAUACAAUACUGAUAUCAGCAACACAAAACAUAUAUGAUGAAUCCCACAGACAACAAAUAGUCGUGAAUUUAUAUAGGAAAUAAUGUAGUAAAAAUACUGAUAAAAUUAGGGUAU